GCGUGCUCUCGUGCUCUCCCCUCUGUCCUCUUACCCCGCUCUCUCUCUCUCUCCAUCUCUCUACGCUGUGUUGACGACGGUGCCGCACGCCCCAUGGCUUCAUGAAGACCGGAAAUCUCGCAGUUCAUAUCGUGUUCCUGCUUGCGCUGCGCUUACUCUGGACAAACGCUUUCAUCAGCCCCCAUUGCCCAUCGUCCCAUCAGCAGCAAUCUUUGACUCACUGCACUGCCCUGCGCCCGCUGCACGAGGCGUCGACAACCCUCGCGUUAUCACCGACCAGCAGGACUCGCGGGGAACAUCAAACCAGCAGCGUUAACGUGUUUACCCCUGCGGCGAACGGGCUAGGUUUGCACCGGAAGAAGGGCGACGCCGGCGGCGGCAUCAGCAGCAGACCAGCAACUAUGCUGGGCGCGUGGCGAUGCUCGGGGAACACGAACGCGGAGCUCGUCAAGAACCUCGUCGACUCUAGCCUCGUGCGCUCGGCGAGGGUGGUCAAGGCCAUGGAGACCACCGAUCGAGGCUUCUACACCCCUCAAGAUGCCUACGAGGACAGGCCUCAGCCGAUCGGCUUCCGGGCCACCAUCAGCGCGCCGCACAUGCACGCCCACGCGCUGGAGGUGCUCUCGCCGGCCAUACCGAUGGACGGGGGUCGGGUGCUCGACGUUGGCGUCGGCUCCGGGUACCUCGCGGCAGCCUUGUCUAGGAUGGUUGGAGCGGGUGGGGUGGUGUACGGACUGGACUACAUCCAGCAACUGGUGGAACUGUCCAGAACAAACCUCGACAAGGACGACAGCACCAUGCUAUCCUCAGGGAGAGUCGUCUUGAAGACCGCGGACGGAUGGAGAGGGUGGCCCGAGAACGGUCCGUACGACGCGAUUCACGUCGGAGCGGCGGCGGAGAGCAUCCCCAUGGACCUCGUCGCUCAGCUAAAGGUCGGGGGCCGCAUGGUUGUGCCGGUCGGGCCCCCGUCGGAGACGCAGAUGCUCGUGCAGGUGGACCGUGUCAAGGAUACCGGGCCGGUCUCCGAAAGCUUCGCUACCGAAGGCCUCAUGUCCGUCGUUUACGUUCCUCUUGUCAACAGCAGCACCACCACGUGAACACUCCUUGCGGAGAUUUCAUGGUUUUUGUUGCAGUGUCCCCAGCCUUGCGUGCCAUUCGAUGCCACAAACUGACCGAGCGCAUCGCUGUAUGUUUUAUGACGUGAUGCGUGUGAGGAGUGUAGGAGCUGCAAUCGAACGCGGCGUGGGGGUUGUGUCGAGCUCCUGAAACGCAUCACCAUCAUCCUUCGUAGUGUCCGUCAAGGGUAGAGUAGCAUAUUACCCAUCCACCGGCAACAGCAACAAGUUGGGGGAGCACCGCUGCUGUGGGUGUGAUUUUUUUUCAUGUUGGAUACAUGAAUAGUCUCGACGUUUAUGUGGAUUGCUCGAGCAUCGCUGCUGUGCUUGCUGCUGUUCUUCUCCUCGAAUAGAUACACCCAUAGCAGGAAACGUUGCUGUAUCGCAGCGAUGAUGGUGCUUGUCGGUGCGACUUUUUUUCUUUUUUAUUUCCAUCGGGGCGGACCGUGCGUGUUCGGGUGCAUGAGUUCCCGCAGGCGCUGUUGUAUGUUUUUUUUUUACGUCUAUGGUAUUUUUUUACGUCGGAGGUGUCUACCGCGCAAGCAAUAUCCUUCUCCAGGGCCAGUUGUUGCGGCCGCUCGGUGCAAUGUACGCUGUCCGGAAUAUGCAUGGGGGAGACGGAGGAUAACCGGAGGGGGGGGCGUAGCGCGGCGCGUCGUACAGAUAUGAGUGUGAGACGACUUUUUUUGCAGCCACCACUUGACCACUCUCAACAAGGGGACGCGUCGUGUUGUGCUUGGUGGGUAUGGGAAGGGGUUGGGUACGAGAGUGCGUGUUUGGGUCUAUAGGUGAUAGGGCCGAACUGAAAGCACGUGCUAAGUCUAGAUCAAGACUACUGCUUAUUCUAGCUGUAGACGCUACAACAGCAAAGAUAAGUUGGUGAACGUUCUAUGCCGACAAGCCACGAACCCCGCCGGAAUCUUGUGUUUUGCGUGCCCAAUGUUGUGAAAGUGCCAUCCCGCUGCUCGUUGUGUCCUCUUUCGCCCUUGCGAUGGCAAACG